UUUUCUGUUUUGUGUAUUUUACCAAAAUUUUAAAGGGUGCUAAGAUUAUAAUGAAUAUAUAUAACAUGCCAUACCACUAGCAUGCAGAAGAGGGCGGAUGAGGUUUAAGCGUUACAGAAAAACUUGAUUCAAUUCGCUCCUGCAGCCAAUUCUGACCGUGUCAACGAGUCAUCCACACACCUGCAGCUCUGCUGAGACCGUGCAAGCCCCGGGGGUUUUGAGCUCAUCUUCAUCAUUCAUAUGAGGAAAUCAGUGGUAAAAUCCUUGGAAAUACAAUGAGACUCAUCAGAAACAUUUACAUAUUUUGUAGUAUUGUUAUGACAGUAGAGGGCGAGGCUCCAGAGCUGCCAGAAGAAAGGGAACUGAUGACCAACUGCUCCAACAUGUCUCUAAGAAAGGUUCCCGCAGACUUGACCCCAGCCACAACCACACUGGAUUUAUCCUAUAACCUCCUUUUUCAACUCCAGAGUUCAGAUUUUCAUUCUGUCUCCAAACUGAAAGUUUUGAUUCUACGCCAUAACAGAAUUCAACAGCUGAAUCUCAAAACCUUUGAAUUCAACAAGGAGUUAAGAUAUUUAGAUUUGUCUAAUAACAGACUGAAGAGCGUAACUUGGUAUUUACUGGCAGGUCUCAGGUAUUUAGAUCUUUCUUUUAAUGACUUUGACACCAUGCCUAUCUGUGAGGAAGCUGGCAACAUGUCACACCUGGAAAUCCUAGGUUUGAGUGGGGCAAAAAUACAAAAAUCAGAUUUCCAGAAAAUUGCUCAUCUGCAUCUAAAUAGUGUCUUCUUAGGAUUCAGAACUCUUUCUCAUUAUGAAGAAGGUAGCCUGCCCAUCUUAAACACGACAAAACUGCACAUUGUUUUACCAAUGGACACAAAUUUCUGGGUUCUUUUGCGUGAUGGAAUCAAGACUUCAAAAAUAUUAGAAAUGACAAAUAUAGAUGGCAAAAGCCAAUUUGUAAGUUAUGAAAUGCAACGAAAUAUUAGUUUAGAAAAUGCUAAGACAUCAGUUCUAUUACUUAAUAAAGUUGAUUUACUCUGGGACGACCUUUUCCAUAUCUUACAAUUUGUUUGGCAUACAUCAGUGGAACACUUUCAGAUCCAAAAUGUGACUUUUGGUGGUAAGGCUUAUCUUGACCACAAUUCAUUUGACUACUCAAAUACUGUAAUGAGAACUAUAAAAUUGGAGCAUGUACAUUUCAGAGUGUUUUACAUUCAACAGGAUAACAUCUAUUUGCUUUUGACCAAAAUGGACAUAGAAAACCUGACAAUAUCAAAUGCACAAAUGCCACAUAUGCUUUUCCCUAAUUAUCCUACAAAAUUCCAAUAUUUAAAUUUUGCCAAUAAUAUCUUAACAGACGAGUUGUUUAAAAGAACUAUCCAACUGCCUCACUUGAAAACUCUCCUUUUGAAUAGCAAUAAACUGGAGACACUUUCUUUAGUGAGUUGCUUUGCUAACAACACACCCUUGGAACACUUGGAUCUGAGUCAAAAUCUAUUACAACAUAAAAAUGAUGAAAAUUGCUCAUGGCCAGAAACUGUGGUCAACAUGAAUCUGUCAUACAAUAAAUUGUCUGAUUCUGUCUUCAGGUGCUUGCCCAAAGGUAUUCAAAUACUUGACCUAAAUAAUAACCAAAUCCAAACUGUACCUAAAGAGACUAUUCAUCUGAUGGCCUUACGAGAGCUAAAUAUUGCUUUUAAUUUCCUAACUGAUCUCCCUGGGUGCAGUCAUUUCAGUAGACUUUCAAUUCUGAACGUUGAAAUGAACUUAAUUCUCAGCCCAUCUCUGGAUUUUGUUCAGAGCUGCCAGGAAGUUAAGACUCUAAAUGCGGGAAGAAAUCCAUUCCGGUGUACUUGUGAAUUAAAAAAUUUCAUUCAGCUUGAAACAUAUUCAGAGGUCAUGAUGGUUGGAUGGUCAGAUUCUUACACCUGUGAAUACCCUUUAAACCUAAGGGGCACUCGGUUAAAAGAUGUUCAUCUCCCUGAACUAUCUUGCAACACAGCUCUGUUGAUUGUCACCAUUGUGGUUAUCAUGCUAGUUCUGGGGUUGGCUGUGGCCUUCUGCUGUCUCCACUUUGAUAUGCCCUGGUAUUUCAGGAUGUUAGGUCAAUGCACACAAACAUGGCACAGGGUUAGGAAGACAACUCAAGAACAACUCAAGAGAAAUGUCCGAUUCCACGCAUUUAUUUCAUACAGUGAACAUGAUUCUCUGUGGGUGAAGAAUGAAUUGAUCCCCAAUCUAGAGAAAGAAGAUGGUUCUAUCUUGAUUUGCCUUUAUGAAAGAUACUUUGACCCUGGCAAGAGCAUUAGUGAAAAUAUUGUAAGCUUCAUUGAGAAAAGCUAUAAGUCCAUCUUUGUUUUGUCUCCCAACUUUGUCCAGAAUGAGUGGUGCCAUUAUGAAUUCUACUUUGCCUACCACAAUCUCUUCCAUGAAAAUUCUGAUCAUAUAAUUCUUAUCUUACUGGAACCCAUUCCAUUCUACUGCAUUCCCACAAGGUGUCAUAAACUGAAAACUCUCCUGGAAAAAAAAGCAUACUUGGAAUGGCCCAAGGAUAGGCGUAAAUGUGGGCUUUUCUGGGCAAACCUUCGAGUUGCUAUUAAUGUUAACAUAUCAGCCACCAGAGAAAUGUAUGAACUGCAGACAUUCACAGAGUUAAAUGAAGAGUCUCGAGGUUCUACAGUCUCUCUGAUGAGAACAGACUGUCUAUAAAAUCCCACAGCCCUAGGGAAGUUGGGGACCACACACUGUUGGGAUGUAAAUUGAUAUAACCUUUAUGAUGGCAGUUUGGCAAUACUCAUUAAAAUAAAAAAUAGUUAUUCCCUUCAUAUCAGUUUCCGGAAGGAUUUCUAAGAAUGUAUCCUAUAGAAACACCUUCACAAGUUUAUAAGGGCUUAUGGAAAAAGGUGUUCAUCCCAGGAUUGUUUAUAAUCAUGAAAAAUGUGGCCUGGCACAGUGGCUCAUGCUUGUAAUCCCAGCACUUUGGGAGGCCAAGGUGGGUGGAUCACGAGGUCAAGAGAUGGAGACCAUCCUGGCCAACAUGGUGAAACCCCGUUUCUACUAAAAAUACAAAAAUUAGCUGGACAUAGUGGCACACGCCCAUAGUCCCAGUUACUUGGGAGACUGGGGCAGGAGAAUUGCUGGAACCCAGGAGGCGGAGGUUGCAGUGAGCCGAGAUUGAGCCACUGCACUCUAGCCUGGAGACAGAGCAAGACUCCGUGUCAAAAAAAAAAAAAAAAAGAAAAGAAAGAAAGAAAGAAAAUGGAAAACAUCCUCAUGUCCACAACAUAAGGUCUAAUUCAACAAAUACAUGUAAUACAAUAUUACAUGCCACUAAAAAAAUGAGGUAACUCUAUAUUUACUGGUAUGGAAAAAACAUAUUAAUAUGUUAUAAACUAUUAGGUUGGUGCAAAACUAAUUGUGGCUUUUGCCAUUGAAAUAAAAGUAUAAAGAAAUCUACACCAGAUGUAGUAACAGUGGUUUGGGUCUGGGAGGUUGGAUUACAGGGAGCAUUUGAUUUCUAUGUUGUAUAUUUCUAUAAUGUUUGAAUUACUUAGAAUGAAUCUGUAUUUCUUUUAUAAGUAGAAAAAAACAAUAAAGAUAGUUUUUAAAGCCUA